AUGUCAAAUUCUCCCAAAGAUACCGAGAUGUCGUCAGACUCUACCAAACCCCAAUCUCUAGCUUCGCGCAUGAAGUCAUAUGAAUCGCGCUUCGACCAUACCCUCCCUCUCGACCAACCCAUCAUCCUCCGUCUAGACGGACAUGGCUUCUCGCGCUUCACAUCGCACUUUGCGCGUCCCUUCGACGAACGCAUACACACUGCGAUGAUAUCAACCUGUGCCGAUUUACUUCACUUCUUUCCCCGCGCUACAGUCGCAUACACGCAGUCCGACGAGAUCACCCUGGUCUUUCCGGAAGGUGUGCAGACUUUCAACGAAAGGGUGCAGAAGCUGUCUAGUCUGAGCGCGAGUUAUUGCUCUGUGCGAUUCAACAAACAUCUCGCGGAGGCGCUGGGGAAAAUGCCGGAGCCGGCAGUCAAGGGCACCGUGGAGAAGGUACUAGGCACAGCGCAUUUUGAUGCGCGUUUCUUCCCGGUUCCUUCUGUAGGAGAGGCUCUCAACAACCUCAUAUGGAGGUGUCGCAAUGAUGCCGUACGGAAUGCUGUUUCUGGUUUUGCUCGGACUAUGUACUCAACCAAGGAGAUGAACGGCAAGAAGACGCGGGAGCUCAUUGAUAUGAUGCUGGAGGAGAAGGGCGUUAGGUUUGAGGAGGCGGUGCCGAAAUGGGCGAUUGAGGGCUGUUUGCUGAAGAGAGAGCAAUAUGAGCACGAGGGGGUAAACCCAAAGACUGGAGAGAACGAGAAGACUUUUCGGACAAGGACGCGAGUAGAGGAGAGGGGUGUGAGAGUGUUCGGAGAUGAGGGACUAAAGCUAGUCACAGAUAAAUAUUGGUAG